GCGGGGCGGGGCUCCGUGUCUGGCCGGCUGCCCUGGGCCUCCCCACAGGCGGGAAGAGGCGCCGCCCGCAAGGGCCGCUUUCCCGGUGAGGGUUGGCAAGCUGCUGAGGGAGUGCCAAGCGAGCCCGCCCCGCGCCGGAGGUUGUGGAGUCCGUAGUGUCGGAAGCUUCUCUUGUUUCAGGUAUUUCAUUUGUUCCCAAGACAACUUUAUACCUGUGUCAUGUAACAGAAGAGGCCAGAAACCAGCAGUCCAACAGAAGCGUGGAGCUUGUGAAGCAGGAUGAGCAUCUCUGGAAGCACAUGUGGGAGCCCUGGUUGUGCAGAUGUGCCCAGUGACUUUAAGGACCUUUGGACUAAAGUAAAAGAAUGCCAUGACAGAGAAGUACAAGGUUUACAAGUAAAAGUAACCAAACUGAAAAAGGAUCGAAUUUUAGAUGCACAAAGACUAGAAGAAUUUUUCACCAAAAAUCAACAACUGAGAGAGCAACAGAAAGUCCUUCAUGAAACCAUCAAAGUUUUAGAAGAUCGACUGAGAGCAGGAUUAUGUGAUCGCUGUGCAGUAACUGAAGAACAUAUGCGGAAAAAACAGCAAGAGUUUGAAAAUGUCCGGCAGCAGAAUCUUAAACUUAUCACAGAGCUUAUGAAUGAAAAGAAUUUUCUUCAGGAAGAAAAUAAAAAGCUUUCUGAACAGCUGCAGCAGAAAAUUGAGAACGAUCAACAUAAUCAAGCUAAUGAGCUUGACUCUGAAGAAAAUGUUAUUCCAGAUUCACCAAUAACAGCCUUUUCAUUUUCUGGAAUUAAUCGGCUACGAAGAAAGGGGAACCCCCAUGUCCGAUAUGUAGAACACACACAUGCUAGACCAGUGAAGACUGUGUGCACAAAUGGACUGAGUAAAGUUUCAAAGUCUUCAGCUCAUAUACAGCAUAAUGAAAAUGAAAUUCUGGUGGCUGACACAUGUGACCAAAGUCAAUCUCCUGUGUCUAGUAAGCAAGAAACACACGGAGGAAGCAGUUACCCCUCUGUCACAUCGUCAUCUUUUAAUUUAGCUACAGUUGUUGCUGAAACACUUGGACAGAGUGUUCAAGAAGAAUCUGAAUCUCAAGGUUCCAUGAGCCCUCUUGGUGAUGAGUUGUAUCACUGUCUGGAAAAAGACAAGAAACAACCUUUUCAGGAAUCUACAAGAAAUAAUGAAGAUAUGUUAAGAGAAAAGUCUUCCACUCUUAAUUCAAUCAGACUUUCAGAUUCUGCUUCAAGGACUCCUCCUCAAGAAGAAUUGACGGUUCGGGUGUCAUCUCCUGUAUUUGGAGGCACUUCUAAUGUGAAAAGUGGACUAGAUCUGAAUGCAACUGUAUCGCCUUCUCUUUUAGAGACUGGGAAAAAAAACCGUUUCAAAAUAACACCUUUCGGCAAUACUUCUAGCUCCAGAUCUGAGAAAACUAGGUCAAAGUCUGAAGAUGGUGCCCUUUCUACACAUGUUCUUGGGUCUGAAGCAAAGGAGAGGUGUAAGGUCGUUAGCCAAUCAUCUGCUCAUAAGCAGAUGCUUAUUAGUAGGAAUAUAAAUGAAGCCACAGGCAAACAGGAUAGUAUUGACCACAUUAAAGAUGCUACAACAGAUAGAGACAAACACUUGGGACGCCUGAAAUUACUGGGAAGCAAAACAUCCAAAAGAAAGAAAACUGAGGAAGAAGGUGAAGAUGAAGUCAGCUGCCCCCAAGCCUCUUUUGAUAAAGAAAAUGCAUUUCCUUUUCCGGUUGAUAGUCACCUUUCCAUAAAUGGAGACUACAUGAUGGAUAAGCCUCUGGAUCUGUCUGAUCGAUUUUCAGCUGAUCAGCGCCGAGAGAAAAAUCAAGGAAGUGAAACUUCUAAAAUCAGAUUUAGACAAAUGAAUCUCUUUGAGACUUUGAAGCCCAUUUCAAAAGGCUCUUCCAGCUGCAAGGCUUUGAAUGGGAGCUGUAUGUCAAGUAGAGAGUCUCCAGAGGAGCCAUGUUUCCAAGAGUGUGUCCUCCAAGUCUUGAGUAGAUCUUCUCCAGACAGUAAAACACAACUGCAAAUAAAGGAAGAAGCCCCUACCUUUAAGGUCCCCCCACACCCUUGUGAAGGCCUGGAGACAGAGAAAGUUUUUGAUGACAUACAGGAUGCUGGCUCUCAUGAGCCAAUGAAAACUAAAAGCAGGCCAGUUCAUGGAGCAUGUGAACUUGCAUCAGUUCUCCAAUUAAAUCCAUGUAGAAUUGCUAAAGCAAAGUCUCUGCAAAACAAUCAAGAUGUAUCCUUUGAAAAUAUCCAGUGGAGUGUAGAUCCAGGAGCAGACCUUUCUCAAUACAAAAUGGAUGUUACAGUAAUAAAUUCAAAGGAUGCAAGUCAGUCAAGAAUAUCAAGAGGGGAGACAGUGGACAUGGACUGUACAUUGGUCAGUGACACUAUGCUGCUGAAAGUGAAGAAGCAGGAGCACAGUGAGGAAAAAAGCCCAGCUGGAGAAAGAAAAAUGGAUGAUAGUUUGGAAGAUAUGUUUGACAGGACAACUCAUGAAGAGUAUGAAUCAUGUUUGCCAAAUAGCUUCCCACAGGUGGCAGGUGAAGAAGAGAAAUUGCCAGCUACCCUCAAGAAACCCAAUGCUAAUGGUGAUAAACAGAACAAAGUCAAACAGAAAUCAUUUGUGGAACCGUAUUAUAAAGAUGAUGAAAGAGAGAAUGGCUUACAAAAUUUUCCUCAUAUUGAGGUGGUUCGGAAAAAAGAAGACAGAAAAAAAUUGCUUGGACAUACAUGUAAGGAAUGUGAAAUUUAUUACGCAGAAUUUCCAGCAGAAGAAAGAGAAAAGAAACUGGCUUCCUGCUCAAGACACCGAUUCCGCUACAUUCCACCCAACACACCAGAGAAUUUCUGGGAAGUUGGCUUUCCUUCCACUCAGACUUGUAUGGAAAGAGGUUACAUUAAAGAAGAUCUUGAUCCAUGUCCUCGUCCAAAAAGACGGCAGCCUUACAAUGCAAUGUUUUCUCCAAAAGGCAAGGAGCAGAAGACAUAGAUGCUGAAGCAAAGCAGGGUAGAAGGCAGUUUCUGUAUUGUUGUUUCAGCUAUUUAUAUAUAAGAUCCAUAUGUUAGACAUUUUUUUAUUUUCUUUAAGCUGGUUUAUAAAUCACUUUUCUGUUAAUAUGUUUAAAUGACAUACCCAUCAUACAAAUAUUUAAAAUGUAGAUAAGUUUAUGUUGUAUUUUCUUUUAUACCUUUAAAGCAAUAGAGUGCUUUUUUUUUUUUUUGCAUUCUUAAGAGUUGUUUAUUUCUUUGAGGGAACAAUUACAAUUUGAAAAUAUAGUAAGUCUAGUUUGUGA